AUGCCCUUGGUGGCUAAGGAAGCAGUGUUGAUGUCGAAAAUAAUAUCGGGAGUUUUGUUUACGGAUGGGGCUUCCAAUGUAAAAGGGUCCAGUCUCGGGGUAGUUCUAGUUACACCCUCGGGAGAAACCCUGAGGCAUGCCAUUAAGACUAUUCCAUUAACUAACAAUGAAGCCGAGUAUGAGGCUUUGGUUACAGGAGUUGAACUGGCCCGAGGACUUGGCUUCGAGGUCAUCGAGAUCAAAUGUGAUUUCCAGCUGGUAGUAAACCAAGUGUGCGGGAUGUUUGACAUAAAGGAAGAACGUAUCCAGCAAUAUGUGAAUAAGGUUCAAGCAUUGCUUUCACGAUUCAUGGAAUGGUCGAUCUUACAUAUUCCGAGAGAAGAAAAUGUGGAAGCAGACGCAUUGGCUAAUUUGGGGUCAUCAACAGAGAUGAAAGGAUCUGACUCCGGUACAGUAGUCCAACUUCUGCACUCAGUAUUGGACAUGGACGAUUACUAUAAGGUCAACUCAACCAACUUGGUCUAG